AUGGCUGAAAUCACCAACAUCAGACCCUCCUUCGACGUCUCUCCCAUUGUGGCGGGUUUUAUUGGGGCGACGGUGCUGGUAGUGUCAGCCUCUCUGACUCUGUUUGUAUGGGCGUGCUGUCACCACCGGCAGCCCAAGCUGUCCAAGGACCCUCCAUUCCGGUUUGUGCACAUGCUCAAAGGCAUCAACAUCUACCCCAAGGCUCUGAACAACAGGAAGAAGGUCUCUAGAAUGCGCCAUCAGAGCUCCGGGCAGCCGCUCUGCGGAGUGCCCGAGCCUCCGAAGAAUGGGACCGUGCCUCCAAACUGUACCCUCUUCCCCGACCAGCUGCAGUUCACCACUGAGUAUGAGAAAGGCCCAGACACCGUGUCCUCCUGCCCCAGAGACAGCAGCAGCAGCAGCACCAGCCCCUCUGAAGGCCCGACCCCAGUGUCCCCAGCGUCCGUCGUCCAACUAGGCACCCUCUGCCUGUCGGUGGACUACAACUUUGUGAAGAAGGCCCUGGUGGUGACCAUUGAGGAGGCCCGAGGCCUACCCGUCGUGGACGAAACCACCCAGAGCUCGGACCCCUACGUCAAGAUGACCAUCCUGCCCGAGAGGAAGCACAAGAUAAAGACAAGGGUCCUCAGGAAGACUCUGGACCCCGUCUUUGACGAGACCUUCAGUUUUUAUGGGAUCCCGUACAGCCAGCUACAGGAACUGGUCCUUCACUUCCUGGUGCUCAGCUUUGACCGGUAUUCCCGUGACGACGUGAUUGGGGAGGUCACCGUCCCCCUGGCCGGCCUCGACCCUGCCACCAGCAAAGUGCGGCUCACCCAGCAGAUCCUCAAGAGGAACAUACAGCAGUGCGUCAGCAGAGGGGAGCUGCUGCUUUCAGUAAAUUACCAACCCGUCGCUCACAGACUGACUGUGGUGGUGCUGAAGGCCCAGCACUUACCCAAAAUGGACAUCAUCGGUCUCUCAGGUAACCCUUAUGUCAAAGUGAACCUGUUCUACGGGAGGAGGAGAGUGGCGAAGAGGAAGACCCACAUGAAGAAGUGCACACAGAAUCCGGUCUUCAACGAGUUGUUCAGCUUUGAGAUCCGAGCAGAGAGCCUGAGGGAGGUCAGCCUGGAGUUACUGCUCAUCAACUUCGACAGAACCACCAAGAACGAGGUGGUGGGCUCCAUCCUGCUGGGUCAGCUCAGCCCCAGUGCCAGCGGGGUGGAACACUGGCGGGAAGUCUCGGAAAACCCCAGGAGGCAGAUCACCAAGUGGCACAGUCUGGGUGAAUACUAG